CCAGCACUCAGUCUGGCGACCGACGCAGCGCGCCGCGACGGCCACUACAGUUUCUCCAGCAGGUCAGAUGUCCUUGUAAGGCUGGCGAGAAGGCCCGUGUGGUAUAGAGCGGCACACACGACACGCGCUACACGUAGCACAGCCGAACCCGCUGUUGGAACACACGGCGCUGGACCCUGUACCCCGUGACGCACGUGGGUUCUGUUCCCUGCACUGAUUUCGGGCGAACAGUGCUUCCGGCGUAAGAUGGUGGUGCAGCUGGGCUCCCGCGACGUGGGCCCCGACGUGCGGGGGCGGCUGCGGCUGUGCGGCCCCUCCCGCGCCCCCGCCGUCUUCACCGUGGUGGGCGUGCUGCUGGCCGCCAUCGGCGCCUGCCUCGCGCCCUUCUGGCCCUCGCUAUUCAACUACGUCCUCUCCACGGAGCUGAGCAUAUCACCGACGUCGGCGAGUUUCAAACUGUGGCGGGACACGCCCGUCCCCAUGAAGCUGGACUUCUACUUCUGGAACUGGACCAACCCAGGCGAGAUCACCAACCGUGACACGAAACCCACUUUCGUCCAAAUGGGUCCGUACCGAUUCAAUGAGGUGCACGAGAAGAUAAACAUCACGUGGCACGACAACGGCACGGUGAGCUACCGGCAGAUCCGGCGCUGGUUCUUCGACCCGGACAACUCCAACGGAACCCUCGACGACGAGGUCACCACGCUGAACAUCAUCGCUCUGACGGCGUCGUUCGUGACGCGCGAGUGGAGCUUCGUGAUGCGGAAGGGUCUGGACAUCGCGCUGUGGCAGAUGGGCCAGAAGCUGCACGUCACGCACCAGGUGCGCCAGUUGCUCUUCGAGGGCUACGAGAGCCCGCUCAUCACCAUGGCCGACCGCCUGCCCGCGCUCGCCGGCAUAGACAUCCCCUACGACCGCUUCGGCUGGUUCUACAGCCGGAACGGCUCCGCGGACUUUGACGGCGUGUUCAACAUGCGCACCGGCGCCGACGACCUGUACCGUGUGGGCGAGCUGGCGCGCUGGAACUACGACGAGCGGACGCGCUUCUUCCCGGGCCGCUGCGGCAACGUCGAGGGCUCCGCCGGCGAGCUGUGGCCGCCCAAGCGCUCCAAGGACGACCGCAUCGGACUCUUCUCGCCGGACCUCUGCAGGUCGAUCGAGCUGGACUUCCGGCAGGAGGACGAGGUGCUGGGCCUGCGCGGCUUCCGCUACUCGGGCGGGCCCUCGCUGCUGGACAACGGCACGCUGGACCCGGCCAACGAGUGCUUCUGCGCCGGCGAGUGCGUCGCGUCGGGCGUGCUCAACGUGUCCUCGUGCCGGUACGGCGCGCCCGCCUUCGUCUCCUACCCGCACUUCUACCUGGCCGACGAGCGCCUGCACGCCGCCGUGCACGGCAUGAGCCCCGACGAGCAACGGCACAGCUUCUACGUCACGCUGGAGCCGGAGACGGGAAUACCUCUGGAUGUGGCGGCGCGCUUCCAGAUAAAUAUCCUGCUGCAGCAGCAGAGUUACAUAUCGAUGCUGCGGGGCGUGCCGCGCGUCUUCUUCCCGAUGCUGUGGUUCGAGGAGCGCGCGUCCAUCACGGAGGAGCUGGCGCGGCCGCUGCGGCUGUUGCUGCUGAUGCCCACGUGCGGGCUGGCCGCCUCGCUGGCCUCGUGCGCGGCCGGCGUCGUCGCCCUGCUCAUAGCCACCGGCCUGCGCCUCAGGGAGCACCGCGCCAGGACCAGGUUGUCGAAGAGCGCUGCCGCGUCCGGGGCAGCCCUGGAGGUGUCGCUGCCGCUGAUGGAUGCGACGGACAAGGCCUCCAGCGAGAAGCUGGAAGUCCAGACCGCCAGGAGCCGACUCACCAGCUCGUCUUCGUCGUCGACGUAGCCGCACCCGCCCCGCGGCGCGUCCCCAAGUGAUGCUCACUUCCUCCGUCUCCAGCAGCACGCGAGGACAUUCGCCUGAAACUCUGUUGGGUGUUACUCGGGAACCACGUCGGUGCAGCAGCCGCCUACAGCCGGUGCUCCUGAGCUACCGCAGUUAUUACCCAGCUGAGAGUGCCAUACGACGAACUGGCUACACCAGUUAGUGGUCCGAGCGACUCAACUGUAAUCUAGGAGAUACGGAACCAGGGUGCUAAAAACAGACAGUGACUCAGAGAAAGAGACUGAGGAGCAGUUACCACGUCACAGCUGCUAGUGCUGGGCGUUUCGUCGUUGUUGUUUUUUAUUUUCUUCACGUUAGGUUGUUAUCUUUUUUCGAGAAGUAAACAGAUAUUCAGUGUACAUACCUAAUUUACUAGUAAUUCACUGAUAAAAUUACAAGUAUAUCGGAUAGCAGGGUAUAUCAUUUAAGUGCAGUGCGCAACGAUUUGUUAGAAUAAGUGUUUCACGCGACACAGAAAGUACUGAGGAUUCGAUUUAGUGCAAAUGUGAUGUGACAUUACAGUAAUUGUCAGUGACUCUUGAUGUAGAAAAUUACAUUGCAAAUAGAGGGAAAAUGCGUUGGUGAAAGAACUGUUUGUUAGUGCUUGCAGCUAAGGGGCUUGCUGGACAAGCACUCCAAUAAAAUUAUUCCACACUGUCUAUCAAUUACACCUCUUUCCCCCGUUUCCACGGUCUCGUGGUUGAUAUUUGUGCCUAACCAUAAAAUAUGGCAUUUCUUAAGUGUUAUUGUUGAAUGUUUCGUUAUUGUUAUUCUGGUGAUUGUUGCAUUUCCAGCAGAAUAGUUGGGUCAGGUUUCCAGUUAACAGUAGAAGUAUUGUGGUUCAGGUUCAGGUAGUCCUGUGCAACGAUAAGAUGACCUUAUUUGGAUUUUCUGUGUGAAACGUUUGUUGUUUUUUCUCACAUAAUACAUGAUCUAGUGAUACGUACUGAAGUGCGUCUCUCUGUAGUUUCGAACAAAACUGGUGAUAACAUGCUACAUCGUAGAGAACUCAAGCCAAUAACUAGCGACAACUAUUUAAGCUGUUUACAACAGCUAAACUAAGUAGUGCCAAAGACUUGCGACGUUUUAGUGUUCUACAGCAAAGAUACCCGAGAGGAUCGAAAAGAACAACUGAAUUCUAAUCAUUGAUACUUACUUGGAAAAUGUAGGUUUGUAGAGAAAUGCCACAUUAUUUCAUAUUUUAUUCAAAAGAAGACUUACUCUUUCAGUAAAGUCUGAAUAUGUCCAAAUUCCAAGUCUAACAGAACACCUUAAAAUGCCCAUAUGCAACACUCCAAUUUUUGCUUUAAAAAAAAGUAUAUCCUGGCCGUAUCAAGUUUUGUUUAUUAACACCUUUAUAAUUACCACUAUCAAAAGCAAAAUUUACUUCAGUGGUCGGCAACCAUCCAAAAUUCAGCAAUAUAAAAUUCGCAUUUAUUUCAUAACCGAGUUGCUGUUUUCAUAUACGUCACGUCUUUUCGACGAUUCCGAUAUUACGGACUUCUCAGUCAUACAGUAUUUCCUUUAAAUCACAAGUAAUACAACACAGUAACUGACAACCUUAUCUACGCUGUCAUUUCUACUCGAAAUUAAUUUAAACGGCUGAAAUAUUCUUGUCAUUAGAUCAUGCCAUAAUCGGAUAAAUGUCCUGUAUGUCGUACCUGGACCAAAUAUGUUCUCCAUCGUACCACAAAUGGCACCACUUUACUUGGGAUAAGAGGACUACAAGGAUAUAUAGUACACAAGGAAAAUUUACUUGUAAUGGUCCAGCUUAUUCCUAAGAAACAAUACUAACAGUUACCCCUGAAACCAGAGCCCCCAUACCGUUGUCACCACCCAUACAGCCUGCAAAUCGCCAAGCUGUUACGUUACUCUGUAAUUCCUGGACAGAAGCCAGGACUCGCAGAGCUGUGGCAAACAUCAGAACUUUUAAUUAACAUUCGCCUUGUUAGCACUGCUGAGGCAAAUUGAUUGCCUUUUGUGUCAGUAACAAACACAUUAAUUGGUGUGGCACCUGCUUCACUAACUACUUUUCCAUACUUAGUGCAGAGACGAAACGCUAUCUUUUGUUAGUAUUACUUUCCUUUACGUCUCCAUAUCCUCUAACGCGCAGGAAAGGCCAAAACUUCCUGUCGGUGAAUUAGAGUUCUUGUCGAAACCAUUUGUACUCACCUUGAAAUUCACUGCUUGUCGAUGAUCGCUACUGAAAAGAGGCCUUAUUCUUAAGGCCAGGUAAUGGUAUAAUACAGUACCAACCAUUUCCAUUUUUAGGCUCUCGUAAUUUAUUAGGUCUAGUUCAAUUCAUUAAUACUUUCUGCUCUAGAUAUCACCACUUCAAAAUAUCCCUUAAAGUUAUGAUAGCAAAACAGCCAUAUUCAGAGAGAUGAUUAAUGUAAUAUGAAUACACAUGGCACUACCAAAAACUGACUAUAGUAUAACAUAGGAUACCACCCGAAAAUGAACUUAUGAGAAAAGAAAACGGUUGUCAAAUUGUUUGUCUUAAAUAAUACAGAAAUAAAUGGAAUGUGCGUGUGGCUAGGACGUCCCGUCGUGUAGACAUGUCCCCUGGUAAGUCCUUAUAGUUGACGCCACUACGGCGAGUUGCGUGUCGAUGAGGACGAAGACAAAUGAAGACAACACAACACCCACUCCCCAGGCGGAGACAAUCUCCGACCCUGCCGCGAAUCGAGCCCGGGCUCCUCGCAUGGCGUUCUAUCACGAUGACCAUUCAGCUAUGGAGGCGGGCAAUACACAAAUAAUUGAGAAUUAUUAAAGUCUCCAUUUUAUUAGUAAACAAAGCGUACAUUCAAAUAAUAGUUCUUUGUUUACACUACGCUAUCUUCCUGUGGAUAUGCGUAAGUUAACAAAAUUCACUUCCAUCAGAAAACUGUUUUCCAGUAACAUUUCCGCUGCUCAACUGGUAAUGAGUUUUGGCUAUAAUUCAUUAAGAAAGAGCUGUCAACGUAUGUUCUGAACGUGGUGAAAAUUCCAUUAAUGUUAAACAUCACAGAACAAAAUCGAUUGCACGUACCAUCGUUGUUCGUUUAGUUCCCAAAUUGUGUACGUCGAAAUUAACAACUCUUGUACAAAUAAUUUGUAGUUAAGUCUGUUAACUGUUAAUGUCCCGUCUGAGAAGUAUUCGUCCUGUAAUGGUACAGAAAUGUAUUACUUGUUGUAUUUUUAAGAAUUUUGAGUGUAUUUUGUAAAAUGUUAAUAAAUGAUACGUUUAGAAAUUGUACAA